CCCUCAACGACCGAAAUCCACGAGCACGACAAUUGCGCAGCUCUGUCCCUCCCCCUCGACCACAACACCGGCAAAGGACAGGCAGAGACUCCCGUCGUCGUCCCACUCGCAAUCAUGGCCGCCCUUAACAAGAUUGCGCCCAACAGCCCCUCGCGGGCUCAGCCGUCCGAGCUGGAGACCAGCAUCGCCAACGCCAUCUACGACCUCGAGUCCAACAUCCCGGACCUGAAGACUGCUCUGCGGCCUUUGCAGUUCGUCUCCGCCCGUGAGAUCGAGGUUGGCCACGGCAAGAAGGCUAUUGUCAUCUUCGUCCCUGUUCCCCUUCUCCAGGGCUUCCACAAGGUUCAGCAGCGCCUGACCCGUGAGCUCGAGAAGAAGUUCUCCGACCGCCACGUCCUGGUCCUUGCUUCUCGCCGUAUCCUUCCCCGCCAGAAGCGCUCUGCCCGCUCGCGGACCUCCCAGACCCAGAAGCGUCCCCGGUCCCGGACUCUGACCGCGGUCCACGACGCUAUCCUCGGCGACCUCGUCUUCCCCGUUGAGAUUGUCGGCAAGCGUCUCCGUACCCGUGAGGACGGCAGCAAGGUGACCAAGGUCAUCCUGGACGAGAAGGAGCGGGGCGGCGUCGACUACAGACUUGACACCUACUCUGAGGUUUACAAGCGGUUGACCGGCAAGGGCGUCAACUUCGAGUUCCCCCAGAACUCGGCUGAGUUCUAAAUGCGUUGAUUUUUUCCUCUCUGAUGGCAUUGCGUCUUUGUUGGCGUGCUCGUCGGUAGUGGGUUAGUGGUUGGUCUUGAUGACGAGUGUGUGAAGAUAGAUGAAGAAGAAAAAAUAUUCCACGGUUCUUUUUCUCUACUCUUUUCUCUUAUGGGAUAAUGGCGGGACAGGGCAAAAAA